AUGCAGGUUACUGCUUCGUUUGGAUUCUGCAACUUCAUAAUCCACCUAUGCUUCUGCCACCUUAUAUUUGUAAACGGAACUCCGCUGCCUACUGCUCGAUUUUUAGCUAACAUAAACAAAACGCCAACAUCCAAAUCUCUCCCUUCUGGCAUGGAGAUUCAGCUACCCUCUACUCUUUCACUUCUAACCAGUCUUGGUGCAAUUCCUCGUGCUUCUGCUGCUAUUGAUGAAAGAGAAGUUGAUACUAUUGCGGUUUAUGUUCCUGCUCCGUUUAAUUACGACAACUUUAAUUCAGAAGUGGAGCUCGGAGAAAUUUCGGAGACGCAGCCCGUUUUCAUCAAGCCUGAUGCUCUUCGCCAUAGUAUUGGCUUACAUACCGCCCAAAAGCGCGACUUCGUAAGGCUUGGAAAGCGUGGUUUUGUUCGUCUAGGCUAG